UCAUUUGUGAAAUGAGAUCAAAAUGCAAGCUCCUGUACAAAUCCACAUUUUUUUCUGUUUCCUAUUUUCUGUUACCUUCGUACAAUGUCAAGAAUGUCUUCAAGAGCAAAUUACACAUGAAAACAUAGAACCAGUUGAGAAGGUAUCAUACGCUGAUGGAGAAACAGUGAAAUUGAACUGCAUGACAGGUUAUUUUGGCUUUUAUAAGUUGAAGUGUAACAAUGGACAAUGGCAGACCUUUAUUGCACGAAGUUGCUCAAAGAAAAAAUGUGGUCAUCCUGGGGAAACACCAAAUGGUUCCUUUAAACUAAUAGAGGAAAGAGAUUAUGUUUACGGAGCAACAGUGGAGUAUACUUGCAAGAAAGGGUAUGAAAUGGCAAGCAGAAACAAUCGACGUCACUGUAGAAUUAAAGGAUGGGAUAAUUCCAUCCCUGUCUGUGAGGAAGUAAGAUGCCCUGUGAUUCACACUGAUGGGACUGUGAUUGCACUGGGCAACACAGUUGAAGGAGCUUAUGCUGAUGUUAUUCACUUUCAAUGCGUAUCUUCCAACAAAAGUCUAGACGGAAAUAACAUCAUUCAUUGUAUGGAGAAUGGCAACUGGAGCGGGCCUGUACCACAAUGCAUAGUAACCUGUCAGUUUGAUGUAACUGAAACUGGAGCGAUAAAACCCAUUCCAGAGGGGAAAACAGUUUUCAGAGCUGGAGAAACUGUGGGACUUAUCUGUUCUGGCAUAAACUCACAAUUUUUCAGACAGGAAACAUUUACAUGCACAAAUAAUGGGAAGUGGGAUUAUAAACCCACCUGUAAAGAGAUUAAAUGUGAAGUUCCACAUGGCCAGAAUGUGUAUCUCCCGAAUUUUUAUUUCACUGGAGAUCUACUGUUUGGAGCAAAAAGAUCUUACAGUUGUGAUACUGGAUAUCGUAAAGUAUCAGAAGAAGCAACAUGCACGCGAGAUGGAUGGUCACCAAAACCACUGUGUGCUGAAAUGAUGUGUGACCCACCAAGACUCCCAAAUGCAGCUAUUGUGGGGGGCCAGAAACGAAACUACAGAAUCUCUUCAACAAUCGAGUAUAAAUGUCGUCCUGGAUUUGAACCAGAGGAGCUUGUCAGAAUAACCUGUGAUUCCCAGGGCCAAUGGACAGGCAUACAGCAGUGCAGUGAUGGUACUUGUCAGGAGCAAGAACUCAAAAAAGUAAAAGUUUUGUUUGGAUACCCCACCUUCACUUCUCCUUAUAAACCUGGACAUGUUUUAGUUUUUCAAUGCACAGAUGACAACAUGAGGUUUUAUGGUCACCGUGCAAUUGAAUGCCAGUCAGAUGGGAGGUGGAACUACCCAUAUCCACAAUGUGGAGGGAAUGUUCAGUGUUCCCAACCAAUAAAAAACAUGCAAUAUGUGACAGUGUCAGAUAUGAAAACUAUAUACAGCAACUUGGAGAUUCUGAGAUACACGUGUAAUGAACCAUACAAUCAAAUUCCGGAUGGUGCUUUGUUGUGUCAAAAUGGACAAUGGAACGGAACGUUUGACUGCCGAAGUUCGAUCUGUCCACCACCUCCGUACAUUAAAAAUGGAGAUUACAGCACCAUCAGUAAAACUGCUGAUAAUGUGAUCACCGCAGUUUCUUACACCUGCCAGUCUUUCUUUGUGCUUAACAAGCAGCAGGAGAAUUUUAAGUGUGUGAAUGGGAUAUGGGAAACUCCCCCAAAAUGUCUGAAACCUUGUGAAAUUGAUAAGAUUGUGGAGAAGUACAAUCUACAGCUUCCAACAGAAAAGGUCUAUAUAAAGCAUGCAGACACAUAUAGACUUAACUGUAGAGAUGGAUGGAAUACAGGAAGUGAGGUGAAAGCGUAUGUGGAUGUGUCUUGUUCUAAUGGGAAUCUACAGUUUGACCAAAGUUGCGAUACACAAAAUAAAUGAAACUAAACUGGAGUGGUAAUUGAGGUAAUGUAAGCCUCAAGCCUGGUUUGAAAAUGGUCCAGUAUUUUAUUUCAGAUUUCAAAUUUGUUAGCACUGUAUUUUAAUGCUAUAAAACGUGACUACUGUCAACUUCGAACAGGGUGAUUACCACACGUGUACAUGUACUGAUGGAUAAUAAAAAUGUUCCAUGGCCCAGAAAUGUUUCCUCCAUGUAAUUAUGUGUUUCUCCAAAUCACCUGGAUUCAAGUUUGGGCAAUUCCUCAGUAUCUAAUGUUUAAAAAAGUUUAUUGCAUCAUAAUUCAAACAACAUUUUUCAUAAAUUGUAAUCAGAUCUUAAAGAUCAUGUAAUUUGAGCCAAUGACAUUGCUUAGCGUCCACCAAUCCAGUUUCAAAAAUUCUUAUUUAAAUCAAGCUGUUGACACCAGACAAGAGAACCAAUGUGCGAAUUUGUGUGCAGCUUCUCAUCCUGUACAGUUUUGAGUGUGUUCACAGCUGACGAACACUUGGUGGUGCAGUUAUUUCAGGAAGUCUAUAUGGCCACCAACCAACAGGCCUGAACUGUUUCCCAAAAGCAUUGAGAGAUGAUCAUACAGUAGAUACUAGGGUUGUCACGAUGCCAUAAAUUUAAGCCGCAAUACUUUGAUGAAGUAUCACGAUACUGUAUUAAUUCAUAACUCAAAUCUACAAAAUAAAGCAAAUUGUCAG